UCGAUUCUCACCUUCGCAUUGUUUUUUUAUUUUUUACGAAAAAUAAAUGAGAUGACAUGGCAAUUUCGGGUUCUCUGAUUGGUUGAUUUUUCUAUCCUAUGUGGACAUCCUCUCCAUGGCUUAUAUCCCCUUUUAGUAUAGUAUAGAUUGCACGUGACCACUAAUCAGAUUAUUUGAGUUAAUUAAUUAUUAGAUUGAUCCCAUCGAGCUAAAAUAUACUGUCACAUUCCAUAUUUUGCAGUAGUUUUUUUUUUUUUUUUUUGAACUUAAUAUUUUGCAGUAGUUCCAAUGAUUCUUGGCCUCCUUGGGCUUUCAUAAGUAGCCAUUAUACAUACAUACUGUAUACACACGUUAAAAAAUGAGACUAACCGGUGAAUAGUAAUGUUCAGAAAACAGAUCUAAAGAAACAGUCAAUUAAGCUGUUUAAAAUCGGUUUCGAUUUAUGUUAAGGAAUGAUAUAUUACAAAUUUUAUAAAAAUCCGAGUAAUUAUUGUGCGAAAGUUUAAUUACUUCUGUCGCUGAAGCCUAAAUAUAACAUCUUUGGAAAAGAGAUAAAAACCAAAAAAAAGAAAAGAAAAAAAGAAGAAGAAGAAGAUGGUCUACUAAAAGCAGUUAAAUCAAAAGUGAUGUCUCUCUAUCAAGCUCAAUGUCUCUCUAUUUAUAACAGCACUUCACUUCCAUUCCCAAACAACACUCAUCAUCUUUAGACAGAAGCAAAACAACAACAAAAAAAAAACUUUCUCCCUUUACUCAUCUUUAGCCAAAACCCUAAAAGAAACCUCCUUUUGGAAAAAACCCAUUUCUUCAUUAUCAUGUCAACCUCCAAAACCCUAAAUCAUAAUAAACCCUGUGGAACAUCGCAAACUCAAAUGGUUUUUUCUGUAAUCCACCAAAACACAACCAACACAACGACCACCACAACUGCCACAACCGGCGAGAGAAGAGGCCGGAGAUCAAAGCAAGCAGAGCCAGGGAGAUUCUUAGGAGUCAGGAGACGUCCAUGGGGUCGUUACGCAGCAGAGAUCAGAGAUCCAACCACCAAGGAACGUCACUGGCUCGGCACUUUCGACACUGCUCACGAAGCCGCUCUUGCCUACGAUAGAGCAGCUCUCUCGAUGAGAGGCACUCAAGGUCGAACUAACUUCGUCUACACUCCAACUGAUGUUCACACUAUCCUCACAAACCCUAAUCUUCACUCUCUCAUCGUCUCUCCUUAUAAUAACCAAUCUUUCUUACCAAACUCUUCUCCUCAGUUUGUCAUUGAUCACCUUCCUCAUUAUCAAAAAUAUCAGCAACCUAAACAUACUCUCCCCCAAGCCGUCUCACCCGUCGCUUCUUUCAAAACGCCUGUUCGUCAUCAAAACGCAGAUACUCAAGCGUUUGGUAAUAGUCCUCAGAACUCGUCUUCUAACGGCUCGCUAUCUUCUUCACUAGACGAGGAAAGCAACUUCUUCUCGCUAGAAGGAACUAACUCCAGUACCAACUCGGGUUACUUGGACUGCAUUGUCCCACACCACUGCCUUAAACCACCUGCGGAAACCACAACCAUCCAAAACCAAACCGGAGCAGGUUUCACAACUCCGGCAAGCAAGGCCUUUGAGUCACCCGGAGGGUUUAGUAGUAGUUACUUCGAUGAUGGUGAUAUGCUGAUGAUGAAUCGUCAUGAGUUUGGUUCUUGUGAUCUCUCUGCCAUGGUCUCUAACUAUGGUGCUGGUGCUUCAAUGUCAAUGGAAGAUUACGCUAUAAUGGAGCCUCAAGAUUUCUCUUCUCCUAUCGCUGCUUUUGGUGAUGUUACAGACACAGGCUUCUACUCACUCUAUUAGAACAUUCUUUUUGAUAUUUCUGUUUUUAAGUAAUAAUAUAAACGUUAUUCCAUGGUCAUUUUGAUUUUUGUCGUUGACAAUAUGUUAUCUACUUAAUUAUAUAUUAUGCUUAUUGUAUCAUGCACCAUAAGGUUACCUUACCAUGAAGUUUUUAUUUUCUUUCUUCUUUAUUUUGUAUGAUUUUUUUAAUAUCAUGGUUUUGACUAGCAAACGGUGUUAAUGCGAGUUAUAUUAUAGAUCACUUUUGUUCGAUGCUACUUCCAACACACUCAUUAUGAAAUAUUAUAAGUGGUGUGUAUAAUAUAAUGAAAUCAAAUGUCUUACUCAAAACAUAUACUCCCACCGUAUCCGUUUCAUAAUAGAUGAUGUUUUGAAGAGUUAUUGAUGUUUCAAAAUACAUGAUGUUUGAUAUUUUUUAAUUAGUUUAAAGUUCAUUGAAAACUGUGUGACCAAUGAUGUUUUAUAGUAUUUUUGAUAAUUGACUGAAUUAAAUUUAUUUUAUAUUUUUAGUGUGUAUUUUCUAGAAAAAUGUGUAUGUUUUAAUUCUUGUGCAUUCAUCCAAAACAUCAACUAUUUUGGAUCAGAGGGAAAGGGAGUAUUUGACUAGACGUGAAUAACUGAGAUAUGUAAAUUAUUUUGACAGGAUUAUUAGAUUAGUUGCAGAAACUCAAGUAUCCAUAGUUUUGAACUUUUGAUGCUCGGUUAUUGUGAACGUUUAUGACAAUUGUAAAUUUGGCAUUAGUUUGAAUUUUAAUAUAAGAUAUAUAUAUAUAUAUAUAUUUAAUAUAAGAGAUAUAUAUAUACAUGGUUAUGCGAAAAAUAUUAAGAUUAGAGACGCUGGAGAUUUGGCAUCAAAUUUUGCAUUUUAAUUUAAUAAUAUUAGGGAAAGUGAGAUGGACUUUUAGUGAAGUAGCAUGAUGGUGUUUUACAUGUGUUCUGGUCAUGAGUUGUUUGGUCUUUGAUUGCACAGUCACUGUUUCAUGUCUCCCUUCUUUUGCAUCUUUUGUCAACAACUCAACAUCACAACUCUUUCUGUCUUUAAAAAACAUCUGGUUAAGGUUUUUGUCUUUGUUUCAUAGAACUCAAUUAGUCCCCUUUCCAGUGUUGAUUAACUUCACUUUACUUAAUAAAACUAUCAGAUCCAAUCAAAGCUGUCAUACAGAUCAAACAUAGAUACACACGCACAUGUGUAUAUGUAUAUAUAUAUAUAUAUAUAUAUAAAAUGUGUCAAUGUGCCAUGGAGUUCAUAUAUGAUGCUUUAGAAUUUGUUUGGCGCCAAAGAAAAUAACUUGCAAACAACUAUGUAUUCUAAAACAUUUAUAAUGCCAAUCGGAAGUUAUAUAUUUAAAAUAUAAGGAGUACGUAUCAUUAUAAUCGCCAUAAUUUGUGAAGUCUACCAUAAUAUAAGAGCGAUAUCUUUAGACAGCCUUUAAAAAUGGUAGAUUAUCUAAUUGCCAAACUGAGAGAUAAAUCAUUUAAUGAUUAGUAGUUUAUGGGUUGUUGAAAGAUUUUGUUGUGAUGUUUCAUUGACCAAACUCAUGAUUAUGAUUUUUCAGUUGUUUGAGUAAAACUAGACGCAAUGAACAAACCGCACAUGCACAUGUUAUAUCACCGACAUAAAUAACCAAGUACGAGAAUUACUGACUUCUACUUCCACAUUAACAGUGUUUUUUACUUUUUUUUUACACACCCUACUUCUUUUCAUAGCAUGAUCAGAGUCGUACGGAUCGAGUGUAGAACAAGAAGAACGAAAAUAGAAACGUGACACCGAAACCUGUUAUAUAUUUUCUGUUCCUCUUCUUGUUGCUGCUCCCAAACCAUUUAGAAUCGGAUUGUUUCAAGACUAUUGCGUUUACUAUUUAACAUUUUGUUUACAUUUAGAAAUUAAAAGUCUUUUGCCAAACCCUUUCUUUUUGAGCAAGUAAAGGGUUGACUGAAACAUUAUACAUGUAUCUUCUCUUGAAAAUAACAAGGGUUUUACUUAAUAACUUCACCUUUUAAAAAAAACGUAAUUAAAAAGAAAAAUCGGAUUCUCGAUCAAAUCCCAUUUUCCAUAACCUUUUUCCUUAAGAAACAAAGGAUUUUCAGGCCAUUUUAUUAACAAUUGUUUUCGAAAUGUUUGAACAGAAAAAAGAAAAGAAAAAAAGAUAGAUGGCCGUAUGAAGGAAUCAUAUGAACAUGGUAAGAGAGACAUAAGAGGAAAGACAUAACACA